AUGUGGCGUUCUGUUGUUACAUGUGUACCUGUUCAUAUACAACCAACGUCAAAACGAAGUCAAUAUCCUAUUGAAGAUUUACAAAUAUUACAACAAGAACAAUUAUUUCAAGAUUCAACAAAUUAUAAUCGACAAGUAUUACCAAAUAUUCGACCAAUACCAAAAUCAAAAUUUCUUUAUAAAGGUUUAGCAUAUAAAGAAGUUCAAAAAAUUCCUGGUAUUAUUCAUGAUAAUAAUAAUAAUAAUAAUAAUAAUGAUCAUAAUACAGAUCUAUUUAAAAAACCAUUAAUUGAUUAUAAUCUUGCACAAGCUUAUGUUCGAUAUGAAGUUAAUGCUUCGCGAGCAAAACAUAUUCCUCGACAACUACCAUCAUCAACAAUAACAACAACAACAACAACGUCAAAAUUACAUAUAAAAGAUCAACAGCUUAUAAAAAAUCACACAUCACUUGAUUUACGUGAUAUGAGAAAACGUAUAAUUAAAGGUACAACUUUGAAUCAUCGUCCAGCACCACAAUCAGCAUCACGGAUACCAGGUCGAACUGAUAAUAAAUCAUCAUUAGGUUCUGAGAAUACAAAUUGUCGUCCAUCAACAUCAAAAUCAUCUAUUCCACAAAAACAAACAACUGUACUUGAAAUGCCUAUUUUAACAAAAUAUGUUAAUCGACCACGAAGUAUUACACGUCGUACACCAACAACAGAACUAGUUGCUAAUGAAUCAUAA